AACAGCCAAGUGAGCGAUUUUGCAUGCCCAGAAGAAGGGAACUUCACGCACAAGUCCACUCGUAAGUUUGCUCCCAGUGGUGAUUGCAUGCUUACGUGGUGAUUACAUGCCUACGCGGUGAUUACAUGCCUACGCGGUGAUUACAUGCUUACGUGGUGUUACACUCCUGGGUGGAUGCCUCCCAACCGGGUGAUCUGACCGAGCCUGCUUGCCACCUUGCAGUUGUGCCGGGCACCACCCUCCCCCUUUUUUCCCCCCAAGUUUUGUCCCCCCGUAAAAGUACCCUACCAGCAAUGCCAAAGAAUACUCCCGAAAGCGGAAACGUAAAUGACCCCAUGAAGGAUGUGAAGGACGGCAAGGCGGAUGCGAAACCGAACGACCUAAACGAUGAUAACGUUUACAUUUUCGAUGAGCCGGAUGAUGAGUUGGAGGAGUUCGAGGAGAUGGGCAGCACAGCCCACAACGUAGACACCGACCUGGAAAAUUGGGAGGAAGACUGGGGAGCAGCGGGAUGGGACGAUGACGACGACGAUGAUGACAAGUUCAUUUUGAAGGUCGAGUCGGAACUGCAGAACUUUAAGGCCACUUUGGAUGCCGAAAAGGACUUGAAGAAGUGAAAAGUGUGGUGGGGAUGCCUUGUGAAGAGGGUUAAAGGCACCUUUGCGGGUUGCACGCACACAUGAGAUAAUCGCAAAAAGGGGAGAUCCCCUGCCGCUCAGCCAAACGGAUGCCCCCAGAUGGAUGCACUUGCGUAGUCACCAUUUCGCAUUCGCCACUGAUGGGUGAC